UUGUCGGAUUCAAAAAAAAAAAAAAAUCUAUGUUAAAUUGCUGUCUCCAUUUCUGUCUCAACGGCGCUCGUCUUCCUCGUCCGCUCAGAUCAAGCCACGUCAAUUCGUACUCUAACUUUUCAGCGGUCCGGUCAAGCGCCGACUCAGCCAUGGCAGCACUCAACUCAGUCCGAGUAGCCGCGGUUCAGAUGACCUCCGUCAACGAUCUCGCCUCCAAUUUCUCCACUUGUUCUCACCUCGUCAAAGAAGCAGCUUCAGCUGGGGCAAAAAUGAUUUGUUUCCCUGAAAGUUUCUCCUUUCUGGGUCCCAAGUCUGAGGAUAGUCUUUUGGUUGCAGAAGCUUUAGAUGGACCAAUUAUGCAAAAAUAUUGCUCUUUAGCAAGAGAAUAUAGCAUUUGGUUGUCCCUUGGAGGUUUCCAAGAGAAAGGACAUGAUGCACACUUGCGAAACACGCAUGUUAUAGUUGAUGAUGCUGGCAACAUUAGAAGCACUUACAGUAAGAUACACUUGUUUGAUGUGGAUGUUCCUGGAGGAUCAACAUACAGGGAAAGCAGCUUUACUGAACCAGGGAAGGAUAUUGCUGCAGUAGACAGUCCUAUUGGACGUUUGGGAUUGACGAUCUGCUAUGAUUUGAGAUUCCCAGAAAUUUACCAGCAGUUACGGUUCAAUCAUGAUGCACAGGUCAUAUUGGUACCUUCAGCUUUUACCCCGGUUACUGGUCAGGCACAUUGGGAGAUUCUUCUUCGUGCUCGUGCAAUCGAGACUCAGUGUUACGUCAUUGCUUCUGCUCAAGCUGGAAAGCACAACAAGACAAGAGAAAGCUACGGUGACACACUAAUAAUUGAUCCAUGGGGCACAGUAGUUGGCCGAUUACCAGAUCGAUUAUCAACUGGUAUCACCGUAGCUGAUAUCGAUUUGUCAUUGAUAGAUUCAGUGAGGAAAAAGAUGCCAAUUGCAGAGCAACGGAAACCAUUUGACUUCUGGAGACCUGCAUCCUUAUAGUUCUCGAAGAUGAUGGCCUGUUACCUUCAUUCAUAUAUGUAAGUCAAAGCCACUUUGAAUCCCUAAUGCACACUCGAAGGCAUGUUAGUUGAUUAAUAAGGAUAGUUCUUACAGCUCUCUUGCGUCACUGUAUCAUUUGGAUUCUGUUAUGUAAUAAACAUGCAUGAAAAGCUUUAAAGCAAACCUUGUCAAUAUCUAGUCUUGCAAAGUCUAUUUUUCAUCA